AUGGCGAUGGCGGCGGCGUUGGUGGCCAGAGCGCUCCGGCGGGUGCGAGCAGGCGGCGCGCGAAACGUGGCCGGGGAGGCGCUGCGUAGGCUCGUGAGCACUCUGGUCGUGGCGGAACAUGAAGGUGGGCUCGUGAAGCCCUCGUCUCUGAGCGCGUUGGCGGCUGCGGAGGCCGUCGCCAAAGACAACAAGGUCUCUCUUCUUCUAGCUGGAUCCGGACCGGCGCUGCACAAGGCCGCUGAGCAUGCUGCGUCUAGCCAUCCGUUGGUCAAUGAGGUUCUUGUCGCUGAUUCAGACAUAUUUGCGCAUCCUUUAGCUGAACCUUGGGCCGAGCUGCUCCGCUCCGUUCAGCAGAAAGGUCGAUACUCUCAUGUUAUAGCCUCUUCGACGUCGUUCGGGAAGAAUUUGCUUCCACGUGCUGCGGCUCUUCUAGAUGUCUCCCCUGUUACGGACGUCACUGCCAUAUCUGAGCCACGGGUAUUUGUCAGGCCAAUUUAUGCUGGAAAUGCACUGUGCACUGUGCGAUAUACUGGAGAAAACCCUUGUAUGAUGAGUAUUAGAUCAACGUCAUUUUCUCCAACUACUGAAUCUAUGUCAGAAACUAAAGUGGCGCCUAUAACCCAGGUUGAUCUCUCUUUCCUCAGUGAAGCAAGCUCAAGCAAAUCGUCAUGGGUGAAUCUUACCUCCCAAGAUACCGAACGGCCAGAUCUUGCAAAUGCACGUGUCGUGGUCACUGGAGGCAGAGGUUUGAAAAGUGCUGAGAAUUUUAAAUUGCUGGAGCAGCUUGCUGAGAAACUUGGGGCAGCAGUGGGUGCGACAAGAGCGGCUGUCGAUGCGGGAUAUGUGCCGAAUGAACUCCAAGUUGGGCAGACUGGGAAGAUCGUGGCGCCUGAGCUCUAUAUCGCUUUCGGAGUCUCCGGGGCGAUACAGCACCUGGCAGGGAUGAGGGAUUCCAAGGUCAUUGUGGCCGUCAACAAGGACGCGGAUGCGCCCAUAUUCCAGGUUGCAGAUUACGGGAUCGUAGGUGAUCUGUUCGAGGUUCUCGGUGAGCUGUUAGAGAAGAUUCCAGACAAGAAAUAACUGGGUGGUGCAAGUUGAUCAGUGUUAGUAAUAAGCGUGAGGGUUCAGUGUAUAAUUGGAAAUUCUGUGUGUAAUUGGAUAUUCUGUCAUUGUUGUAUGGUUCCCGGUGAAUGAGCAUGUUUCGGUAAUAAGGUCAUCUUGACACUUGUAUAUCA